CGUGAGAGAAUGCCCUUCCUGGUUGGACAAGAGAGAGUGGCUCACGCAAGUGUCAAAGAGACACAAGUUCCGAAAUUGGAUGCAUUCAAUUAAUUUGGCAGAAAGGGAUUGAUACACGAUUGCCAUUUGUAAGGAAAACAUCGCGUUCAGAGGUGCUGGUCAGAGCCACGAGGGGGCAAUGUCGAACAGCAGUGGUGCUGCCAACAGCAGAAGCUGGACUGUCCUCACAGCUGAGGAGACUGUUGCUGAAACCCUGAGGCCUGUAGCGGAGGGAACAGAACACCAUGAAGAUACACCCAGUCAUACUGCUGUGGGGAAACCUACAGAGAGUAGGCCUGGGGAGGAUGCCGUGUCUGCUGAAGAGUCUCACUCUGUGAAGCUACAGCAGGAGACCCAGGAAACACAACCAGAGAGGGACAAGGAUUACACCCCUGUUGGAGAGAGUCCCACCCAUGACCUUCCUUUUGACCCUGCUCCUGACUCCUCCCCUGCCGUUGACUCCACCUCUGCUAGUGUUGCUCCUCUGAACUCUCUGUUAGAAGUCCCCGCCCCCACAAGGCUUGACUCAGAUACACACAGCCAAUCCAGAAGCCUCCCUGGGAACCCAGCCCCUCCCAUCUCUGACCCUGAUUCGUUCUCUGACUCCUACACCCACAUUAGCUCCUCCCCUGACCUUGAAGAGCCCCCAGCAUUGCUGCUCAACACUGAGGUGGGGCUUGUACAGGAAGCGGAGGGGUAUAUACAGGAUGUGCAGCAUCAUCAUUAUGAGGAGGGGCUUGGGCAGGAAGAGGAGGAGUCUGAUCUGUCUGAGGUCAGGGCCAAGACAGACUCCCAUCUGGAAGCGGAGGUGGUGGGGGAAGAGGAAGAGGUGUCAGGGGUGAGGAGGAGGAGGGGGUCUCUCCUGGUGGCUCUGGAGCGGAUCGGGAGGAAGGAGGAGGAAGAGGAGGAGGAUGAGUUCCGGAUUCCGCAGCAGAGGGAGCAAGAGGAGACUGGUUUCUCUCUCAACAAGUGCAUCCUAGGAGCUGUCAUACUGCUGGGACUCGGAACCAUCUUCUUCUCAGGUGUCUUCAUGGACUUGGAUGAUGAGGGGGACUACGAUGCCAGGGAGCUGAGAGAAACAGAGGUGGUGGGAAAACAGGAAUGGCUGAAUCCUGAGGUUCCUCUUCCACCACCUGUAGAAGUUGACAGUACAGACCAACUGAAUAAACUGGCUAAAGAAGACCCACGGAUAGCUGUACUGCAAGCCCAACUCCUGGCACAGAAAGAGGAGCUAAAAGUAGCACAGAAGGAGGUGGAGGAUGGAGGGAAGGAGAGAAAGAAGAGGGAGGAGGUGGAGAAGGAGCACGGUAGGCUGAAGAAAGAGAUGACGUCGCUCCCUGUCCUUCAGAAGGAGAACGAGAGGAUGAAGAGAGAGCUGGAGUCUGUUCCUGUCUUACAGAAGGAUCUAGAGACACUCAGAGCCACAGUGACUGAACUAAAACACAGCACAGCCAAGGAUGCAGCUCCACCUCCAGUCUCUGCCUCUGUCCCGCCCCCCUCUGGCCAAGCUAGGGAUGACAGCCAGAACACAGCAGGAACGAUGGAGAGGGAGGGCAAGAAACCAGAGAAGGGAGUGAAAAAAGAGUUGAAGGAAGAGGAGACGGAGUGGAAUAAGGGAAGGAAGAAGGAUUGGAAUAAGGGAGGGAAGAAGGAUUGUAAGGUAGAAAAAGAGUGGAGAAGUGGAAAAUAUGACCAGGAAAAAGAAGGAAAAGAGAAAGAGUGGAAGAAGAAAGAAGACAAGAAGGGAGAAUGGAAGAAAGAUAAAUCUAGCAGAGGAGAUGAGGGCAAACCAUGGAAGGACAGAGGAAACAAGAUGGAAUGGAAGGAGAAGAGUGAGAAAAAAGACUGGAAGGUGGAGAAAGAUUGGAAAAAGGAAACACCUGAAAGAUGGAGUGAGAGCAAGGAGUGGAAGGAAGCCAAGGAUGAGCGGAAGGGAAAAGAGGAGACAAAUCAAAAGAAAGGAGGUUGGGAUGAGGGCAGGGAUGAGUGGAAGGGAGAGAAGAAUGGAAAAGAGGACAAAAAACGAAGAAAAGGAGGUUUGAAUGAGGGCAGGGAUGAGUGGAAGGGAGAGAAGAAGGGAAAAGAGGACAAAAAUCGAAGAAAAGGAGGUUGGAAUGAGGGCAGGGAUGAGUGGAAGGGAGAGAAGAAUGGAAAAGAGGACAACAAUCUAAGAAAAGGAGGUUGGAAUGAGGGCAGGGAUGAGUGGAAGGGAGAGAAGAAUGGAAAAGAGGACAACAAUCUAAGAAAGGGAGGUUGGAAUGAGGGCAGGGAUGAGUGGAAGGGAGAGAAGAAUGUAAAAGAGGACAACAAUCUAAGAAAGGGAGGUUAUAAUAAGGGCAGGGAUGAGUGGAAGGGAGAGAAGGAGUGGAAGAACGACAAGGAUGACUAUAAGGACCUUGGCAGAAGAUGGAAGGAGAGAGGAGAGAAAAGGGAGUGGAAGGGAGAGGAAGAUCGGACAAAGAAAGACAGAAAGAAAGGUGUCAGUAAAGAGUGGAAGAGUAAAGACAACAGGAGAGAAAAUGAGUGGUCGGAUGGAAAUAGAAAGAUGGAAGGAUUGAAGGAGGAGAGAAACGGUGGGAACUGGAAAAAGGACAGAGGGAAUGAGAAGUACGAGAAGGACCACCACCACCACUACUCUAAGGAAGGGCAGAAAGAGAGGAGAAAGAGAGAAAAGGGCCCUCCCCAAACCCACCGAAGACCCCCCCUUGAGCAACCUGACUACUGGAGUUACCAGAGAGAACGACUGCAGCACAAACCCAACCAUCAAACCCACUGCAGUUCAGUGGAGGCCUGCGCUCAGGCAGAGGGGCUGCUCCCUGUCACCAUGCCGGAGUUUGAGGCCCUGCUCCUGGGUUACCUGGUCAAGGCAGAGAGGGUGGGGGUGGAGGCCUCCAAGAGGGAGGAGCUCAGUAAGCUAACCAAGGAGUUCUUCAGUGACGGAGUGUUCGUUCACGACCAGAUGAGCUUCAAGGACUUUGUGGAGGAUGUGGAUGACAUCUUAGAGGAUAUGGUGGAUGAUGAGGAGGUAGAGGAGGAGAUGGAUGACUUUGAGGAAGAGGCAAUGAACAGGUUUUCAGUUCCAGGGGGAGGAGAGAGGGAGAAGUGGAAGAAGGAUAGUGGGAGAGGACGGGUGUGAUGGAGUGAGAAAGGGAGUCAACGCAUGUCAGGAGGAGCGGAAAGAUAAAGGUGGAGGAAAAUAGAUGGAUGUGCUGCAAGGUAGAAUUUAGGAGGAGCAACACGCAUACAUAUGUAUAUACUGCUCCAAAAAAUAGAGGGAACACUAAAAUCACACAUCCUAGAUGUGAUUGAAUGAAAUAUUCUUAUUAAAUACUUUUUUCUUUACAUAGUUGAAUGUGCUGACAACAAAAUCGCACAAAAAGUAUCAAUGGAAAUCAAAUUUAUCAACCCAUGGAGGUCUGGAUUUGGAGUCACACUCAAAAUUAAAGUGGAAAACCACACUACAGGCUGAUCCAACUUUGUAAUGUCCUUAAAACAAGUCAAAAUGAGGCUCAGUAGUGUGUCUGGCCUCCGUGCCUGUAUGACCUCCCUACAACGCCUGGGCAUGCUCCUGAUGAGGUGGCGGAUGGUCUCCUGAGGGAUCUCCUCCCAGAACUGGACUAAAGCAACCGCCAACUCCUGGACAGCCUGUGGUGCUACGUGGCGUUGGUGGAUGGAGCGAGACAUGAUGUCCCAGAUGUGCUCAAUUGGAUUCAGGUCUGGGGAACGGGCGGGCCAGUCCAUAGCAUCAAUGCCUUCCUCUUGCAGGAACUGCUGACACACUCCAGCGACAUGAGGUCUAGCAUUGUCUUGCAUUAGGAGGAACCCAGGGCCAACCGCACCAGCAUAUGGUCUCACAAGGGGUCUGAGGAUCUCAUCUCAGUACCUAAUGGCAGUCAGGCUACCUCUGGCGAGCACAUGGAGGGCUGUGCGGCCCCCCAAAGAAAUGCCACCCCACACCAUGACUGACCCACCGCCAAACCGGUCAUGCUGGAGGAUGUUGCAGGCAGCAGAACGUUCUCUACGGCGUCUCCAGACUCUGUCACGUCUGUCAUGUGCUCAGUGUGAACCUGCUUUCAUCUGUGAAGAGCACAGGGCACCAGUGGCGAAUUUUCCAAUCUUGGUGUUCUCUGGCAAAUGCCAAACGUCCUGCACGGUGUUGGGCUGUAAGCACAACCCCCACCUGUGGACGUCGGGCCCUCAUACCACCCUCAUGGAGUCUGUUUCUGACCGUUUGAGCAGACACAUGCACAUUUGUGGCCUGCUGGAGGUUAUUUUGCAGGGCUCUGGCAGUGCUCCUUCUGCUCCUCCUUGCACAAAGGCGGAGGUAGCAGUCCUGCUGCUGGGUUGUUGCCCUCCUACAGCCUCCUCCACGUCUACUGAUGUACUGGCCUGUCUCCUGGUAGCGCCUCCAUGCUCUGGACACUACACUGACAGACACAGCAAACCGUCUUGCCACAGCUCGCAUUGAUGUGCCAUCCUGGAUGAGCUGCACUACCUGAGCCACUUGUGGGGGUUGUAGACUCCGUCUCAUGCUACCACUAGAGUGAAAGCACCGCCAGCAUUCAAAAGUGACCAAAACAUCAGCCAGGAAGCAUAGUAACUGAGAAGUGGUCUGUGGUCACUACAUGCAGAACCACUCCUUUAUUGGGGGUGUCUUGCUACAUGCCUAUAAUUUCCACCUGUUGUCUAUUCCAUUUGCACAACAGCAUGUGAAAUUUUUUGUCAAUUAGUGUUGCUUCCUAAGUGGACAGUUUGAUUUCACAGAAGUGGGAUUGUCUUGGAAUUACAUUGUGUUGUUUAAGUGUUCCCUUUAUUGUUUUGAGCAGUGUAUAUACUACCGUUCAAAAGUUUGGGGUCAUUUAGAAAUGUCCUUGUUUUUGAAAGAAAAGUACUUUUUUGAGUGUGUCUUUUUAAAGUAAGAUUGAUCAGAAAUACAAUGUAGACAUUGUUAGUGUUGUAAAUUACUAUUGUAGCUGGAAACUGCUGAUUUUUUUUAAUGGAAUAUCUACAUAGGUGUACAGAGGCCCGUUUUCAGCAACCAUCACUCCUGUGUUCCAAUGGCACGUUGUUUUAGCUAAUCCAAGUUUAUAAUUUUAAAUGGCUAAUUGAUUAUUAGAAAACAUUAGUGUCUAGUUUGAGAAACGGAUGCCUCGCAAGUCCUCAACUGGCAGCUUCAUUAAAUAGUACCCGCAAAA